GUGGCUGCUACGGAAGUGCCUGUGUGGCUGGUGUGUUAUUACAUGCUGUGUUUGACUUCACGUUGGCGUUUCAUAUAAAGUGUUUUAGUGACUUUCUUGUCAAGUGCUGAGAGGGCAGUUUCAUGAUGGCGGACAAAGUACCUUCCAUACGUCUCAACAGCGGAUACGACAUGCCUAUGCUGGGCUUAGGGACCUACAACAGUUUCCGGCCAAACGAGGUUGGUGAUGCCGUGAAAGCCGCAAUAGAGAUGGGAUACCGCCAUAUUGACACAGCAUGGCUCUAUAAAACGGAACCGGAAAUCGGAGUCGCCAUUAAAGAACUGAUAAAAGAAGGAAACGUAACGAGGGAAGAGCUGUUCAUUGUGACGAAGAUAUGGGACAACUGUCAUGAGCCGGAGAAAGUGGAGCCAGCAUGCCGAGCGUCAUUGGAGGCCCUGGACAUGGAUUACAUAGAUCUGUACCUGAUACAUUUUCCUCUGUCUUUUGCUGACUUUGAGCGGACCAAGCCGACCGCGACGGACUACCUGGACACAUGGAGAGCCAUGGAGAAGCUCGUGGACAAGGGCCUUGUCAGGUCUAUCGGCGUCUCCAACUUCAAUAAACAACAGCUGGAGAGGAUUCUCAAAAUGGACGGUCUCAAGUACAAGCCUGCGAAUAACCAGGUGGAGAUAACUCCAUAUCUGGCCCAGGAAGACCUUCUGCAGUUCUCCCUCAAGAACGGCAUCUCAACUACUGCCUAUGGUCCGUUCGGGGCACCGGGACAGAACUAUGUAUCCAAAGAUGCACCAAAGCUCCUCGAAGACCCGACCAUUGUCGAAAUCGGAAGGAAAUACAACAAAUCUCCAGCUCAGGUGAUCCUCAGAUAUGGCAUACAGAGAGGCUAUGCUUUAAUUCCCAAGAGUACGAAUCCCACUCGUCUGGCCCAGAACAUGGAUAUAUUUGAUUUCAAGCUCAGUGAGGAGGACAUGAAGACAAUGCUAGCUCUGGACAGAGGCCUUAGAAACAACUUUCAAACAUUCAAAUGGAAAGAUCAUCCCUUCUUUCCCUAUAAGGAGUGAACAUGCACGGCACAGAAGAUCACGCAGUCAGAAAAUCGACGACGGUCAGAGUAUUGUCUGCAACAGUUAUUCCCGUUAUUUGCGUGAUAGUUUUCAAUGUGAAACAAACACCCAUUGAAUAUAAUUGCAGGUGUGUCGAAUACGAAUGUGUCAUGAUGAUAUUGCAUAAUUACGAAACAUGAGUGACACUCGAGUACACACUGAGUCAGUUACCAGGGUAAUAAUGUAGUGAUUUGUGCCUUCUUUAAAGGGUAGAUUUGACGUAUUAUAUCAAAUGCAUAGUAGAAGUAGUUGUAGCAGUGGUAGUAUAUGUUGUUUGAUGUUGUUUACAGCCACACAGAGACAUAUUCCUGCGGUUUGUUAACAAUAGAUUGUGAACCAUACUAUCCAGUGACUGUCAUGAGGAUCGAUCUACGCGUCUGGAGUAUGUUGACCAUCAAACAACACCUCUUAAAUGGUACCCAGGUGGACAUAUUGUACCUUCCCGUAACUUCGCCUUGAUGUUGCAAGGAAUUUUGUGAAAACUAAAACAAUGGUUUGAAUAACCGUGUUUAUCCCACUUAAAACAAAUGUUUUAGUUUCUGCACCGAUCUGUUAUGGAUGUUGUUGUUGUCAUACUGCUGCAGUUGUUAUGUAUAUUCUGAACAUGAGCCUUUUUACCAAUCUUUUAUAUGAACUCAUUUGGUAAUAUAUGAAAAGUAAUGAUAUUGUUCACAUAGCUUUCUGUUGUAAAAUACUAUGUCGUCAAAAACUAGUCCUGUUGUUACUGAGAGUGAGAUUGUGUCAUUGUCUGAUCAUCCGACAUUCGUCGCUUCAUAUCGUUCACAUAUACAACAGGACAUGAGGCUGAAAGCCGAGUUGAACUCAUAUAUACACCUGUUUGAAAAUAAACCGUUGUACUCUUGUUUCA